UGUUAAUAAGUAAAAUACACAUUGUAUUGCAUCUACUCGGAAUGUUUGGUUUUGUGUUUUAAUUAAACCAAUCGUGAUUUUAUACAGGCUGCCGACCGAGAUGGAUGUAAGCUGGCAGACACUGUUUGACCAGGAAGAGUAAACUUGGAUAUUGUCGCCAUUUUCAGUUGAAGGCCUUUGUAAGAACAUGAGUAAAAGUAUCUGACCAUGGACAAGCGCUGGGCCCAGGAUGUGUUACGGUGUUGUCUCUGUAAGACCGUGGGCCCCCCUAUGUAUUGUGACAUUUGUCACAUACAUCUGUGUAAAGCCUGUGUGGGGGAACAUCUCUCUGAUCAAUCCAAAGAACACAAAGUGCUGCCAUUUAAAAAUAGAGGAUCUACUCCGAAAUGUCCAAAACAUUCCUCAAACAUAAGUGUACUUUACUGUGACCAUUGUGACAUUCCUAUUUGUACAACAUGUGCUACCUCUAAAGAACACCAUGGCCACAAAUUUAUUAAAAUAACAAAAAAAAUUGACAGCAAGAAAGAAAUCAUUCAAAAAGAUUUACAAGAACUAGAGAAAUCCAUUUAUCCUAAAUACCAAGAUAUUGCAUCCAUUAUCCCAGUCCAGAAAUCUGCUAUGAAUGAAAACUCACAGAAAUUAACAUCAGAAAUUGACAAACAUGGAGAAGUCUUGCACAGAGAAAUAAACACUAUUAUCAGAAACUUGAAAUCUGAUCUCAAUGAAACAGACUCCAAACACCUGGCCAUCCUUAAUGAACAGGAAAAUGAAAUUAAAAACACCAUUUCUGAAAUCACACAGACCAUUUCUGAACUAAAGACGUUACUGGACUCUAAUGAUGUCAGCCUUGUCUCUGCCUACAAAUCCAGAAAUGAUGAAUUCAGAAGAUUGUCUCCUAAACUCACAGUCUCCUUACCAAGUUUUACCCCUAUGCAGAUCAACAAAGAACAGCUUUAUCAACAGUUUGGUUCUCUGUCAGCGUCAUCUAUAAAAACAGAAAAACAAGUCUACACCAUGGAUUCCCACGGUGCUGAGUCCUCUCCCCCGGACAGACCGCUCAUUGAUGUACCACGGAUCAUCACACAGAUAAACACCGAGUAUGGAGUCUCCAAUAGAUUAUACAGGGUGUCCUGCCUGAUGGAUGAAGAACUAUGGACGUGUGGUCAACACAGCAAGAUGAGACUCUACAACCUGGAUGGAAAACUAGUGACGUCAGCCAAAACCAAGUCAGGGAACAGACCACGGGACAUAGCAGUGACAAGGAGUGGGGAUCUAGUUUAUACUGAUUACAGAGAUAGAACUGUGAACAUAAUUAAGAAUACACAGAUACAGACAGUGAUCAGACGACGGGGGUGGAGACCUCUCUGUGUCUGUAGUACCUCCUCUGGUGACUUCCUGGUUGUCAUGGACAGUGAUGAUUAUAAACAAACAAAGGUUGUGUGUUACUCUGGCUCCACAGAGAAACAAAGUAUUCAAUUAGACGACAAAGGACACCCUCUCUAUUCAUCUGGUACCACUAAAUAUAUCAGUGAGAACAGAAACCGAGAUAUCUGUGUGUCAGAUUGGGGAUCCCGUGCAGUAGUGGUGGUCAAUGAGGCCGGGAAACUCCGGUUUACCUACACUGGUCAUCCCUCUAGUACCAAGGGAUCGUUGAUUCCAUACGGCAUCACAACAGACAGCCAGGGUCGGAUCCUGACAGUAGACAGUUCCUAUAACAACCACCGUAUUCACAUCCUGGAUCAGGACGGACAGUUCCUUCGCUACAUUAACAACUGUCAUUUACAGAAUCCACAAGGUUUAUGUGUGGACACCAGAGACAACCUCUUUGUGGCUGAGUACGACACAGGUAAAGUGAAGAAAAUACAAUAUGUGUAGAACAUUACACAGAACUGUAGCAUUGUUUAUAUGUAUUGUAUGUUGACAAACUGACUAUGUGUAUAUAUAAAACAUACAUGUAUUAGCAUAAAGAUAAUUAACUACAUAUUAUAAUAAUUCAUGUAGAUAAAAUGUAGGUCCAUUUAGUUCAUGUCAACUAUAUUAUUGUUUUGUUUAUCAUGUUUAUACAUGUACAUCAUAAUAACAAAUUCAUUGUUUUAGUGUAGUGAUAUUUUGUCAACUUAUUGACUAUUUAUGCAUUUAAUGUCAAAACAAACUAUGUGCAUUAUAAGAAUAAAAUCAGAAAAAUGUUGUUUGGUAUUGGUCAAAGAAAUCAAAACAUUUUAAUGUUAGUAAAAUGACACCAAAGGUGGAAUUAAAUAUCUGUAAAAAACUUUUUGAGCUCUCUUUUAUAUUAAGUUGAGUUAAAUUUAAUCCAUUUUCAUUAAAUAAAUAUAAACCACACACUUUUUUCUCAAAUCAGAAAAACUGAAGGUAUUUGUUGAACAUUUGAUUGUUGUUUAUUUGCUGUUUGAUCGAUUGAGAUUUCUAUCACUGAAGAAUGAGAAACUUUGGUUUCUUGUACACUAUAAAUCCCACAGUUGUACAUUGUAUACCUUAAAUAAUGUGUUAUUAUAUCUAAUAAA